GCACAUCUCUAGUAUAUACAGCGCAAGUGAAAAUUCUUUCUCCGUGUGAAAAUUCUAAACGCCAUUCGCAAAAGUGGCUGCAAAAGAAAGCGAAUAGCAUUUACCAAGUUCUCAAUAGAGUCGAUCAGAAUACAGACGGGACUGCUAUUUGUGGUUUAAUUCUAAUUUAGUGUUGUCAAGUUUGAGGGAGGGCCGGAAAAGUUCCAGCCAAGCGGACGCAUUGCGGCCGAAAUGUCCACGCCGCUGGAGCCGGGUUUCUGAUACGGUUCCCCACCAAUCCGCCCCACUGGCCGACGUCAAAUUCAGCCAGAAAACUUCGACGAGAAUCGCAUUCAGCCGGAAGACGGUCGAGCUGGCAACACUGCCGCCGCAAAAUGAAGUGAAUUCUCAGGAAAACCAACCCGUAAAGAAAAGCCAGGAACGUCCGCUGUAAAAGUGCCAAUGCGAAACACAAACGAAGAACAUCUCUGUUUCCCAUUGCACAUUGGCUUUUUGUUGAGUUUUGCGCAGUUUUGAAAGGCGUCGUCAUAUCAUCAUUAUUAUCAUCAGACAUUAAUCAUCGGUCAUUAUCACCGUCUUAAAAUCCAAACCAUCAUCCGCUAUUGGUUGCCAUCACACACCGAUCCAGUUCAUCAUCCCACGUUCUUGAGGAGAGUCCCCUUACUGCGGAUAGCAUCUUCAUUGUAAACUUACCCAGUACAAGUCACACAGUUCAGUUAUGUCAUCGACCGCCGGGAAGCGCAAGGAGAUCUAUAAAUAUCUCGCACCAUGGCCGCUGUACUCCAUGAACUGGAGCGUCCGGCCGGACAAGCGUUUUCGGCUGGCCCUUGGAAGCUUCAUCGAGGAGUACAACAACAAGGUGCAGAUCAUCAGCCUGGAUGAGGAUACCAGCGAAUUUAGUGCCAAGAGCACAUUUGACCAUCCAUAUCCGACCACCAAGAUCAUGUGGAUUCCGGACUCGAAAGGGGUCUAUCCAGAUCUGCUGGCCACCAGCGGCGACUACUUACGUGUAUGGCGUGCCGGAGAGCCGGACACUCGUCUCGAAUGCGUAUUAAAUAACAAUAAGAAUAGUGAUUUUUGCGCCCCGCUCACCUCCUUCGACUGGAACGAAGUGGAUCCCAACCUGGUUGGCACCAGCUCAAUAGACACCACCUGCACUAUUUGGGGCCUCGAGACUGGCCAGCCACACGCCCGCGUCUAUGUGGCGGGGCACGUAAAGACACAGCUGAUUGCCCACGACAAGGAGGUCUAUGACAUAGCCUUUUCGCGGGCAGGCGGCGGUCGGGACAUGUUCGCCUCGGUUGGAGCCGAUGGAUCGGUGCGCAUGUUUGAUUUGCGUCACCUGGAGCACUCGACCAUUAUCUAUGAGGAUCCUGCCCACACCGCGCUGCUGCGCUUGGCCUGGAACAAACAGGACCCGAACUAUUUAGCCACAGUUGCCAUGGAUUCAUGUGAAGUUAUUAUUUUAGAUGUUCGUGUUCCUUGUACACCCGUUGCAAGACUGAGCAAUCACAGAGCGUGCGUCAACGGUAUUGCGUGGGCGCCGCAUAGUUCCUGUCACAUCUGCACUGCCGGUGAUGAUCACCAAGCACUGAUCUGGGAUAUACAACAAAUGCCACGCGCAAUCGAGGAUCCAAUUUUAGCCUAUACAGCUGCCGAGGGCGAAGUCAAUCAGAUUCAGUGGGGCGCCACCCAGCCCGACUGGAUAGCCAUUUGCUACAACAAAGCUUGCGAGAUCCUGCGGGUCUGAGUCAAUUUAUUUUGUUGGAUUUGUUUUUUUUUUGGCACUUGGCUGCAAUGGCUGAACAACGCACAGUCAACGGAAACUGGAGACGAGAGGGCAGCACCACGAAAACACUUACACAUACACCUAUAUACAUAUAUUUGCUGUUGGUAUUUGUUUCGUUUUUUUUUUUAAAUUUCUGAAGCAUACGUUUGCGCUAGGCUUGAGCUUCAGUUGGAUCGGUUCUGUCACCGCUUCCGUAAUAUUUUAUUUAUUUACUGUCGAUUGCGAAGUGGAUAUGGAAAGAGAGAGAGAGAAAGGAAAGGAAAGGAGUCGAAAGGAUAUGGACGAUAAGGAUCGUGUAUUUUAGAGAUCAUAGCUUAGUUGACUAUAAAAGUAUAUAAGUCUAUAAGGUAUAACCAAAACAUGUAUUUCUAAUUGUAGUUUAUUUCACACUUGACAAGGCCCAAAAAUGUCACCCCUGCCCCUGCCCCCUUUGAACAAAUCAAUUUGAGGAGCUUUGUUUAAUGUUGUAAUGCUUGGCUUAGACGACAAAAAAAACAAAAAAAAAAAACCAAUGGGAAUAUAAGAGCAAAAAAAUAUUUAAAACAAUGUCCUACCUCGUUUUUUCAACCAUAAAUAUUGUUACCAAUCAAUAUUUUGAGUCAGCAGCAAUAAAACAUAACAAAAAAUACAAAAACACAAUGAGACAAACAAAAACAAAAAACAGAAAAUAGACAGCUACCACAAGAAAACGCUUUUUCGAAAUAUUUUUACUUUUUACUUUGUUCAAUUUUAAUUUUUAUAACACGUUUUUAAGAGAACCAAAAACAAAA